AUGUGGGGACUGUUGUUGCUGAUUCAUUUAAUUCAUUCAACCGAAUUGCACGCACUUCGCUGUCCGACGGAGAAUGCUGCCCCAUUGCAGUUUCAUCUGGUGCGCCAAUGUCAACGCGCUGCUGCCGAUGAGGCACUCUCCUUGGAGAGCACUGCAACACUGGCGGAUUGCAUGAAAUUGGCACGUCAGCAACGCGGCUUGGCCUUAAACUAUGCCCCAGGUGACCAGGAGCGGCGCAGGAAUCGGUUUGCACAGCACAGCAGACGUGAGAAGGAUGCACGUCGACGUUUGAGUGUCUUCGAGCAGCCUGGCGAGUUUUUCAACUGUCACAUUUUGCAGUGUCCACAGAACACAAGCUUUGCGGGCAUGGUAAACGACAGUCGCUUCGAUUACUACAGCUUAUAUGGAAGACCUACAGCUCUGCACAACAUAAGCUGCGUGCCACAAGUGGGUCUCUUCGUAUUUUAUACGCAACCUAGCAGUUAUUUAAAUGCAACGCUGACCUGCACCAAUGCCAGCGAAUUUAGCGGCAGUUUGGCGCAUGUAGCCUCUGAGGAGCGCACCUACGCAUUAUCGCAUUGGCUACUUGAGUAUAACAGACAGUCAAAGCCGGGCAUCUUUUUGGCCUACAUUGGUUUACUUUACAAUAGCAGCACUUCACUGCAGGCGCUAGACUUUCGCAAUGGCCAGCAGGAGAGUUUGCUGUGCUUUCUCUAUCGAGCCUGGCAUGUGGGACAUCCACGACUGGGAGGUAUCCAGGCAAAUGCCAGCUGUGUGGCGCUAACACCAAGUGGCACUUGGCAAACGUUGGGCUGUGAACACCCGUUGCCUUUUAUAUGCGAGAUCCAUCGGCCACCAAACUCGCAUCUGAACAAACAGCUGGAUACUGGUGCAAAUGCAGUGGACAUGUGUUAAAUAUUAAGUCAACAGUGUUGUUGAGUGCAGCACUGUUAUUCGCAGCUGUUUUUUUAUUAUUAGAUUUAGCCGAUUUUUCAAAACAA